AUGCGCCUCGAUGCGUUGGUCGCAUGGUAUCAGAAGAAGAUCGGAACCUACGACAAGCAGCAAUGGGAGAAAACGAUCGAGCAGAAAAUUCUGGCCGGCAUCAGCCAUUUGCCACUAAAGAAUACCAAACUCAAAACCGAACUGAUAGAUGUCGAUCUGGUACGCGGUUCCACCUUCCCGAAAGCUAAAUCGAAACUCUCGAUCCUGACGGUGCUGUAUCUGGCCGCAUUGCGCUUUCUGCUGUUGCCAGUAUAUGCCCGCUGGUGGGUACAGCAAACAUCGCCAGGAGUUUUUCUACUCCUGCUCACGCUCUAUCUGCUGCAGAUGUUGAAUCUCGGUGUCUACAGCUACUGUGCCCGAUCGGUGACAGUGAGCGAGAGUGAUUCAAAGUUGACAACAGAAGCGGUGGAUCACAUCGUCACGAUAUCGGACUUUUUGAUCCCGCUAGCACUGAGCUUGCUGUUGAGCGUAAUUCAUUCGCAGAUUGUUGCGACAGCCUCGAACACCAAUGGUUCGUCACUGUUUUCCUGUGGAAAACUGUCUCAAAAGUGUUUCUCGCAUGGUACGCCUGGUUCGGGAACGCCGGGCGCCCCUAGUACCGGAUCCGGCCCAUCCAUGUCGGCCCCGACUGGUAUUGGAACGUUGAGCAAGAAGCAACGUGAGCAACGGAUUCGUCGGAAGCGUCGAGUUAGAGCACACUCCGAAACGGCACAAUCGGCAUCGGGCCGGGUGCCAUCGGAUGAUCGAGAUCGCAAGAAAGCGUUCGCAAGUGUGGGCGGAUCGAAAUCGGCUACCAGUUCACCUGCCCGGAUGGCUCCAAAGAAGGGUGCAUGUAGUACGAGCAGUAGCACCAGUAGUGAUGCUGUGGAAAGACAGCAACCGGAGCUGAAUGUGGAACCGGAUGUGAAUAGUACCCCCCGUGAGGAACUGCUUCGUAUGGAAGAUCGUGCACCAAACAUUCAUCGGACAGCGAACGGUACGGCGAAGGUUUCACCAAUAGGCGUAACCAUUACAUCGACGAACAGUUCAAGCGAUCAUUCACCACCGAACGGGCGCCGUUCUGGUGAUCAUGUUGCAUCGGAUACGAUGCUUCUGCUUCCGUCCGGGUUGCGUCGGCGUAAUGUAAAUUGGGACCCAACCGUACCGGAGCGUACACGCCCGGGAACUUCCCUGUUGGAACCGGUCGUGGAUGACGAUGGGUUCGAGAGCUUAAAUGGCAAAAGCUCCGGCGGUGAGGAGAGUGUUGGGAAUGUGUUUCACCACGAACAUAACCGCUACCGUAAUAGUCCUUUUGCAAAUGACUGGCCAGCCAAUGGUGCUACCGGGGGAAACAAAGAGUUUAAAGAUCACCAAUCCGAUUCCGAUACGGAUACGCUAAAAAAUAGUGCCACCAGCUACAACACUCCCAUCAUCCCGGAACUCGAUGGACUGCUCGAUCCUCAGCGCAAGCAAAGCAUGGAAAAGGAUGUGCUUGACGUUCCACAAAAGGAUACGCAGCAACAGCAGGAGGGGAAAGAGUACAAGGACCCGGUACGUCAGCGGCGCACAAAGGACACAAGUAAGCAGCAACGGUGCGCACCGAUCGACGGUGCAAAGUUAAGCGGAACGGACGAAAAGCUAGGGACGAGCGGCAGCGACGAUACGGACGAAGAGAACGAGUACGAUUUGCAUUCACCGUCGCCGCCCCACCUGCACCUACUCCAUUCAUCGCCACCGCUUCGCCAUCAGCCGGUACCGGUACGGUCGUCGGCCGGCUCGUCCCCGUCACCGCACCAUUUGCUUUACCUUCAUCGCCAUUCCGCCGUAGUGCAGCCGACGAUCCAUUCUGUUCAUUCGCUUCAUACGCAUCAGCAUCACUAUCACCAUUCGCCCUCCGUACUGACCGAAGGCGAAGAAUGCAGCUACAGUUCCGAGCUGGACCAUUCCGAUACGCAAAACGAACACUCGGAUGAUGAUUACGAGCUCGAGGACGUACCGACGCUGAUCCUGAAUCCGGCCUGCGGUGCGAGCGAUCGUGUCAGCUGCACCAUAUGGGAGGCACGGGAAGCAAAGAAGGCGGAAAUGUCCGUGCUGGAUAUUUCGUCCGCCAUCAUCGAGCGCGUCGAAGCCAUGCCCGAAUCGUGCGAUUACGUGUACAUCGGGGUCGUGCUCAGCGUGUUCCUAUCGCUUGUGCCCGCCUUCUGCCGGUUGUGUGAAGCGACAGUCGAUUCCACCAACUCGACGGAGGUCAAUUUCCUCGACAUGCCGGUAAUACUGUUCGAAAAGGCAUCCUUUUCGCUACUGGCCGUGCUACGGUUCGCUUUCGGUGAGAGCACCUGGGAACGAUUUGUGCUGGUGCUCGGGUUCCUGUUGCGGCUCCUGCUUACGUUUCUGGUGUUUUUUCUGCUCGCUGUAGCGGAGCGUACGUUUAAGCAGCGCUUUCUGUACGCCAAACUGUUCUCCCAUUUGACGUCGUCCCGGCGAGCUCAAAAGUCCGGCAUACCGCACUUCCGGUUGAACAAGGUGCGCAAUAUUAAGACGUGGCUGUGCGUACGGUCGUACCUGAAGCGCCGCGGACCGCAGAACUCGGUGGAUGUGAUUGUAUCGGCCGCAUUUAUCAUAACGUUGCUGCUGCUUGCCUUUUUGAGUGUGGAAUGGUUGAAGGACUCGGUACAUCUGCACUCGCAGUUUAAUCUCGAGGCGCUCGCAUGGUCCUGUGCGUUUGGGACAUUUCUGUUGAGGUUUAUGACGCUCGGUACAAAGAUUAACAAGAAGUACAAGAGCGUGUCGGUGCUGAUAACGGAACAGAUAAAUCUCUAUGUUCAGAUUGAACAGAAACCAAAUAAGAAAGACGAGCUGAUGAUAUCGAACAAUGUGUUAAAAUUAGCAGCUGAUCUCCUCAAGGAGCUGGAAUCUCCGUUUAAAAUCUCCGGUCUCAGUGCAAAUCCGUAUCUCUACACCACCGUGAAGGUGGUCAUACUGUCCGCCCUCUCCGGUGUGUUGAGUGAAAUGUUAGGCUUCAAGCUAAAACUUCACAAAAUUAAAAUUAAGUAA